AUGAAUUAUGCGGCGUACAAUAGGUGGGGGCUGCGAGUUGUUCCUCAGAAGAAAACGGUGAUGCUCGACAACAGAAUGAACCAGAAGAAGAAGCUCGAGAAAGGAGACGAGUGCAGCGUGGAUUGGCUCAUUCUGAAGAAGGAAGAGAUGGAAAUUCUUGCGCUCGACGAAGAUGCAUUGAAAGGAUGCGAGUUGACGGAUGGAAUUUUGCUAGAUUUGGCGACCCACCGACGCGAGGCUUAUCCUGGGCUUCUUGCAGGUGGAUACGGGCCGACACAGGAGAUACUGGAUCUUGCAGAAUGUCCUCUGGGUCUGUUCUUUUUCUUCACGCCACCCUGA